AUGAAUCGAGUAUCGCAUACUAGGUUUUCGCCAUGGAGGCUUCUCAGACGAUUGUUCAAACCUUUGCCCCUGGAACAUAGGAGAUCUGGUUGGAAAUUGUGGGCGACGCAGCUAGUGGAGAAGCCCUUUCUUCGAUUGAAGAGAUUGGAAUCACAACUGAUGAUUGGCAUGCCAUCGAAACCGGAGAAUGUGUUAUUAAUGGAUGUAAUUAAUCAGUGGAGCUUCUAUAACCCGGAUGCAAAGAUACAGACACCCACUCUACUCCUACAUGGCUAUGCAACGUCAUCUAUGUGUUACCAUCGUAAUAUGCCACAGCUAAGUGAAGGUAUUAAACAUCUUUAUACAAUUGACCUACCGGCUAAUGGUCUAUCGAAGGAAUUGCCAUUGGAGCUUGAUAUAGCUAAACCUAUAGUUUUCAAGCCAGAAUUUAAUAGCGUCAAGUCUGAAUUCCAUAUCCCAUACACUAUUGAUGGUUUACAUCAUAGAUGUGCAAUACAAAAGCUUGAAGAUUACUAUAUAGAUAGUAUUGAACUAUGGAGAAGAAAGAAUUCCCUGGGAGCGAUCAAUCUAGUUGGGCAUUCAUUUGGCGGGUAUAUUUCGUUUAAAUAUUCCAUCAAGUAUCCACAAAAUGUCAAGAAGUUAUGUUUAAUAUCACCAAUUGGCGUUGAGAGAAAUAUCUAUUCAGUUCACAACAACUGGCGCAGCAACUGCCCUUAUAGCAUCGACUAUGAAGAUCCUUCCUCCAAGCAUUUUGCCAACAAGACGAUGAUACCUGAGUUCGUGUUCAACGAACAAACAAAGCUACUGCGUUUAAUGGGACCAUUAGGUGCAAAACUUGGUUGGAAGUAUAUUAACGCGGUUUACUCAAAGGUGCCAAAUUUUCUUUACCUUGAGUUUAUUUUCACUUUGAUCUACGGCAAGAAUGUAAUGACUGAUACCUCCAGGAAUAUCUUCACUUAUCUGUUCACAAACUCUCUGCUUGCACGGGAUCCCAUGCUUGACUCGUUAGAACAUCUCCAUGUUGACAAACUACUAAUGCUAUACGGAGAGCAUGAUUGGGUUAGAAGUCAACCAGGGAAAAUGAUGGUUGAAGAAUUCAAUAAACAAAGAUCUCAUCCAAGUGGAACAUUAACUGUGGUUCCUGAUGCAUCACAUAAUUUGUUCUUAGAUAAUCCUGUCUUCUUUAAUGUAGCACUGUUAAAUUUCCUAAAGGAAUGA